UUAUCCUUCCACAUGUUACGGUCUUCCAGUUUCGAGCGCGCCUUCUCAAUUUUCGUGAAUAUUCGCGCUUCAUCCCCGUCGAACCUGCAUGCGCGAAUCAUCGCAUGCCCCCGACGCGGGAUUCUCGAGAAUUGUUUUUGUGUCUCUCGCGUUAGGAACUUCCGAAUGACUGUUUGACUUCUUGAAUUCGAGGCUUCUCUGCCUCCGGGCCGUUUACUUUUUUGCUUCGCUGUCAUCAUGCAUGUGGCGGACCCCUGCGUCGGCGUCCUGACCAAUCUCGAGGUUCUCGCUUUGCUGCGCCAGCAGCAGCGGCGCCUCCCGUCCCUCCAGUCCCUGCUUCUCAGCCACUCUUCUUCCUCUUCUUCGUCAGGUUACUCUCGUCAACAUGGCGGCGAGUCUGAGAAAGGCGCGGCUUCGUCUCCGACGUCGGACUCGGCUGGCGAGGGGGCUUGCGAAGUUUUGCGUCCAGAGACUGUCAAAGCGUACCUCUAUCAGCACAUGUUGAACCACACGCUGCAGGAGUACAUACACUCCACGUGUCCGUACCUUUCGCUGCUGGACUCGAGUCCGCAGGAGCGGCUGCCCGCGGAGAAAGGCGUCCGAGACGCGCGGCCGCGAGUCACCUUUUCUGCGCCUCAGAGUCGCGGAUCUCACCGGCAAGACGAAAAUGUCACACCCGUCGGGCCGUCGCACAACGCUCCGGCGACAGAGGGUUCGGAUCUUCGACAGAUUCGGAGUGUCAGCUGCCUAGGAGGGGGUCCGUCGCCGAUGGUGACUCGUGGACUGCAAAAACUCCUCGGCCGCAGAUUCUUCUCGUGCGUCGGCCCCUGUCUCGAAGUCCUCAGUCUCCGUUACGGUUUGUACCAGGCAGAACUUCUUCAGAUGCUGAAUCUGGGUGCCUCGAAACCUGUCGAAAUCUACGCCAUCGUGGAAGAAUGCGCCAUCCGGCUGUCGGAAAAUGAGGUAAAUGAAAUCUUGGAGGCAAUUCAACACUACUGGGUCGAGCACAACACGACGCCGCUGCCGUACUCCGCGGGGGGGACAGGAACUCUGGCGCCGUGGCCGCCCUCGUCCCAAUUGGAGCAUGGCACCGGUGCGUUGGGUUCCGGUGCCUCCUCUGCCGCGGCUUCUUCGAGCUCGCCGGGAGGCGCGAAUGGCUCUGCCUUGCUCGCUCUGCAAGAUGGGCGCUCGAACAGCGGCCAAGACGCCUCUUUUGCGGAUCUGGCUCGAGGACCUGAGGUGUCUCUAAAGCCGUCCAAGUUUCCCCCCACGCACGCUGUCUCCCCGCUGCUUGGUCCGAGGCCGGCUGGCCGGUUGUCGGACUCCAGCCUGACCCGGUUGGGACCUGACGAGACCCAAAACUUCCUCCAAACUCUGGAGAUGCGUCAUGCAGGAGAACCUUUCGGAGAAGGUGAGAACACGGCCUCCGGAGGUUUGCAAGCAUCCACCGCUUCUGCUGAAGCGACGCCGAGACACGCCGAGGAAGAGGAGACAGAGCCGCAGGACGACUCUCGCGGAGCCCGACGCGGCCGCAGAGGCGCGAAGAAAGCCACCAGCUCGUCGCGGAAGCCGCGAUCGCGGUCGGCUCCAGGAUCGCGAAAGCGACUUGUCACGGCGGGAGAAGCGGAGGACGCCGCUUAGACGGGUGCCGCAGAGCUCGAGAAGAGACACCAAACAGUGGGAUUUUCGCCGUAUCUUGGAUGCGUUUAUGGAACGCUCUCUCGCUCAUGAGGGUCGGGUGCAAAGCAAGUGUGGGAUGCGAGGACCCGUCUCAAGGAGUUUGCUUCUGGACGCCACGUGCUUGAGGAACGAGCCUGAGGUGUACUCGCAUUCGAGAUUUCUCCGCGAAGAGCGGUGGGAUGCUUGUCUUUCGCAGUUAACUAUUAACUCUGCCGCAUUUUGCGUGCCGAUGAAGCUGAGCAGGCUGCUGACUGGAUGGCGCACGGCAAAACUGUGAGGUGUACCAUGGGCGCCAUCUACGGCGGGGCUUCGGACGUCAUGCGCCCAAGAAUUCACGCUGCUGCGUUCUUCCUAGAUAAUAACCCAAGACUGCUCAAGUAUGCGGAUUCUGUAAGACGCGCUACGGUUGCUGAAUUCGAGCGUUUUCUGUCUAGAUUCUGUGUUAGCGACUGGACGAGGUAGCUGGAGUCGCCUUUCUAAGAGGCUUCGGCAAUCACGCGGGAGGAGGGUCACCUUAAUCUCCCUGUGUUGUGGGAGUCCCACAACGUCUCUGCGCGUGUCUCGGCCCCAAGCGGUGUGAGAGGAAAUUCCCCGAUCUUGCUUCCCUCGGCACUGGUGCAACUUCUCUGUGGCGACGGCGUCUCGCCUGUAGGCUCUGGGCUUGCCUUGUCCAAGCGUCUCUUGUGGCUUUUCGCGCGUGUCCAGAAUGUCGGCUCUCCCCUCACUGUUUCCAGU